ACUCCACAACACUAGAUGGCGAGAAUAACGCCUUGUUUUCAGAUUUUUCAACCUAAGUAGAAAAUAAGUCAGUCUUGUUUCUUCCGUGUACGGGUGUCAGGAAAAGGAAUCGAUCAUCAGUACCAACAGUGCCACACACCACCAUUCAACGAAGCUGCAACUAGGACCCCUGUUGUAGAAUCCUGUGUAGAACGAUGAUCGAUUUCCGCGCUUGGGCCGAGUACGUGGUGGAGUGGGCAGCCAAGGACCCGUACGGUUUCCUGACCACGGUCAUCCUCGCCCUCACGCCGCUCUUCAUCGCCAGCGCCCUGCUCUCCUGGAAGCUGGCGAAGAUGAUCGAGGCCCGGGACCGUGAGCAGAAGAAGAAGCAGCGGCGGCAGGAGAACAUUGCCAAAGCCAAGAGGGCGAAGAAGGACUGAGUCCAGCCGAGCCCGGGCCACAUGUGGCCCAUGCCAAACAGGAGGAGGAGAAGGAGGUGGUGCUGCAGUGGAUUCACAGUCUACGGUCGUGUCGCAUCAGGUGCCCGGCCCCUCUCUCUCUUCUGUCUGGCCCUCCUACUGGUGUGUGUUGGUGGUGAGGACGAGGAUCAUUCAUGGAGGACCAAAGAAGAGGUUUUCUUGGGGGGGGAGGCCUUGCGUAUGGGUACACACAAGACUGGUGUACACUGUCACAAAAGCAUGUGUUAGGUUCCAUGCUUUUUCGGGAGGGACUUUUGUCAGGCAAGAUUAAAAAAAAAAAACCAUAUGAAAUCGUAUCUCACACAUACACACCCACACAUGAGAGUGGCACAGCACUGCCCCGAGUUGCUGUUAAUGCAGUGUGCAUUCCAUUUAUUAACUAUUGUUGAAGGAUUUUUCCCCUCCCCACUUGACUAAUAAAUAACAUUUCAAAUCGUUUUUAAAAAAUCA